GUUGCAUACCGGUCCCGGGGCAGAAUGCUGCUCCCGACGCUGGUGACGUGCCUCGCCGGGUGCGCCUUUCUCCUCGCGCCGGUCAGCGAGGGCUGCGGACCGGGGAGAGGCAAUGGCAAGAGGCGGUCACCCCGGAAGCUCGCGCCGCUCGCCUACAAGCAGUUCAGCCCCAACGUGGCCGAGAAGACUUUGGGGGCCAGCGGGAGAUACGAAGGGAAAAUAACCCGGAACUCCGAGCGCUUCAAGGAGCUCGCGCACAACUACAACCCCGACAUCAUCUUCAAGGAUGAGGAGAACACAGGUGCAGACCGCAUCAUGACCCAGGUAACAUCCCGGCCACCGUAGUGCCUUUUAACCACGGCUUUUUUACCAU